AUGGUGGUUCUAGCUGAUAAGAGUGGUGGUGGUGUUGGUGGUUCGCCAGGGUUGGGAAGCUAUGGCCUCCAAGUGCUAACGGGGCGAUGGUUCAUGGUCUUUGCAUCCCUUCUGAUCCUGUCGAUGUCUGGUGCUACCUACAUGUUUGGUCUCUAUUCCGGUGACAUCAAAUCGUCCCUUGGUUAUGAUCAAACAACCUUAAACUUGCUAAGCUUCUUCAAAGACUUGGGAGGCAAUAUUGGGAUCAUAUCCGGGCUAAUCAUGGAGGUUACACCGCCUUGGGUAGUUCUUUCCAUGGGUGCUGCUAUGAACUUCGUUGGCUACUUUAUGAUAUGGCUUGCUGUAACUAAAAGAAUAGCUAAACCCGAAGUGUGGCAAAUGUGUUUAUACAUAUGUAUUGGUUCAAAUUCUCAAGCAUUUGCCAACACUGGAGCACUAGUUACAUGUGUAAAGAACUUCCCGGAGAGCCGGGGAGUCGUUCUCGGCCUCUUGAAAGGAUUUGUUGGCCUAAGUGGUGCAAUUAUCACACAACUAUUUCAUGCUUUUUAUGGAGACAAUUCUAAGUCGCUCAUAUUGCUCAUUGGUUGGCUUCCGGCAGCAAUUUCUUGCAUUUCGCUCCCAACAAUUAGAAUCUUGAAGAUUGUUGGACGAUCGAAUGAGCUCAAAAUCUUCUAUCGUCUACUCUAUAUAUCGCUUGCUCUUGCCGGAUUUCUCAUGAUCAUUAUUAUUGUGCAGAAUAUAUUCAUCUUUAAAAGGGCAGAGUAUGCAGGCAGCGUCUCGGUUGUAAUCAUAUUACUCCUUGCCCCACUAGCCGUUGUAUUCAGAGAAGAGUUCAAAAUUUGGAAAAUCAAGAGACAAAUGUUUGAUGAUGCUUCAGAUAAUCUGAAAGUGGUUACAGAAAAUCCUCCAUCAAUCGAAUUACCGCACAAUCAAGCAACACAACCAGCUACCAACAAUCCACAGCAUGAAGAAAAUCCCCUUUCCGCAAUACAACCAGCUGCCAACACUCAGCAUCCUGUUUCGUGCUGGAACAACGUAUUUAGGCCACCGGAGAGAGGGUCGGACUACACCAUAUUGCAAGCCCUGUUCAGCAUCGACAUGUUGAUUAUCUUUAUUGCCACAGCAUUCGGGGUUGGCGGGACCUUGACCGCGAUUGACAAUCUAGGCCAAAUUGGCAGGUCCCUAGGCUAUCCAAGUAAAAGCAUCUCCACAUUCAUAUCACUUGUCAGCAUAUGGAAUUAUCUUGGAAGAGUAACUUCAGGAUUUGCUUCAGAAAUGUUGUUGGCAAAGUACCAAUUCCCACGUCCUCUGAUGCUCACAUUAGUACUUCUCCUCUCUUGCACUGGCCAUCUCCUCAUUGCAUUUGGGGUCCCAAAUUCACUCUAUGUUGCCUCAGUAAUCAUGGGGUUCUGCUUUGGAGCGCAAUGGCCACUGAUAUAUGCAGUCAUAUCAGAAUUAUUUGGGUUGAAAUACUACUCCACACUGUACAAUAUUGGUGCCGCUGCCAGCCCAUUUGGAGCUUACAUGCUCAAUGUAAGAGUUGCAGGCAAUCUGUAUGACAAAAUGGCUAAGAAGCAAUUGGCAGUUAAUGGCCUAGCCCGGAAACAAGGAGAAGAUCUGUCGUGCAACGGUACCGAGUGCUACAAGUUGGCUUUUCUGAUUAUCACGGUUGCUACAUUAAUGGGGAGCAUCGUUUCUUUCAUUUUGGUGAUUAGAACAAGAAAAUUCUACAAAGGUGAUAUAUACAAGAAGUUCCGAGAACAAGCCGAAAGAAGCAACCAGCACUGA